CUUCAAGAAUAGUUUUAGCUCGCAAUGUAGUAACACAAGACAGAAAAGAUAAGAAGAGAACUUAUCAAGAACGAGAGGAGAACAAGAAGAGGAGGACAAAUUAUUAAGCGCAUAACAUGUUAUUACUCUGUAUGAUCAAGGUUUGGAAGUUACAAGUGAAUGACCAGUUAGGGCCAAGGAUAUUGAAGAGAUGAGGUAAUGAGCUGAGAUGGCAAGAAAGGAUUGAUUCAUAGAGAAAGGAUACGGCAUCUGGGAGAACCGUUGAGUGAAUUUCUUUGAAGGGUAAGUUAAGUGGGUCCCCACAGACACUUGUUUGAAAAUACUGUGGGGGGCUUUGCUGGAAUUGUGAGCAGCACUGUGCAUGGUGCUGAAUCUGCUGACUGCUUACUGCUGAACCUGAAUCAGAGCCUAAAAUUCGAGGAUUGGAAAUUGGGAGGACCCACGUGUCACGUGAAGGGUGUCACCUCUUUAAGAGGGAUUGACAAUUUUAUUCAAAGAACAAAUCUUUGUAAUCCUUUCUCCACCAAUGAUCAUCUAUCUCCCACGUGGGACUAUUGGUCCCACGUCAUCCCCCACCCCUCAAACUCAAAAUUCUGAUACAUAUAUACAAACCAAAAACAGAAUUCUUCUCACCCUACUACCUGAGAUCAUUCUUCCAUAUAUUGUCAUCCAGAGAAGCUUUCUUUUUUGUAUACUUGAACCACACCUUUCCAUGUAAUCAAAUUUUCAGUGUCUUUGUAACGAUCAUUAGAUUCAUUACAUAUCUAUACAGUUAGAGAAACGAAUAAGAGCGAAAAUAGUGUUUUAGCCGGAUCAGAUCAUGGGGGACUCUUCUUCUGCUUCGUACAUCCACAUGGUGCAACACUUGAUUGAGAAGUGUCUACUGUUCCACAUGACAAAGGAAGAGUGCAUGGAAGCUCUCUCUAAGCAUGCAAAUAUCAAACCUGUCAUCACUUCCACUGUUUGGAAGGAACUGGAGAAAGAAAACAAGGACUUCUUUGAGGCCUAUGCUAGAAACAGAGGAGACCGAAUGUCUGAAUCAGAAACUACCGAGAAGAUCCAAAAAAUGCUCUCGGAGUCAUCUGCUACUUCACCCGGCUGUCGGUCAUCCGUAGGAUCCCAAGACGAAAAUGACCGAGACGAACAUGAUUAAGUAAUCCUUAUUCCAUAAUCAUCCUCUCUUUACCUCUCUUUGAUGCUCAUCACGCUUACAGUACCCUUUAGCUUAGUUAUCUCUUAUGUUAUCUGGUUCUAUCUGCAUAAUAUCCAACCAUGCAAUUUAAGAUUGCGGGCAGAAGAAUAAAAGAGACAUAGUAAAAAUAAAAAGUAGAGCAAAAGAACAAGGGAAGAAACAAAUAAUAGUCCAAGUUGUGUGUACCAUGUUUGUGUCGGAAUCUGAUGUAUAUUGACAUCAAAUAUAAGAUGUACUACGUACUACUCUUUGAUGAAGAUUUGAAUCGAGGGAAAUACUGCUUCUCUAUCAAGUGGGGUCUAAACCUUUCUCUCCUUUGAUAUGUUUGGAUGCGGUCACGAUCAGGAUCAUCGAUGAUGAGUAAGUAAUUGAAAAGCGUGACAAAAUUUAUUGUAUGUUCAUUUGGACUUCUGAACCUGCUACUGAUAUGUACAGUCGGAAAGACAUCGAGAGAGAUGGACACGUGUGCGAACGAACGCGGCAAGGCUUCUGGUCUUUUUUGUUGCUCAUCUGAUUAUUUGAAUUUGUAUUUCAAUUGUUACUAUUUGUUUCUUCUUCUUUUGCUCUGCUCUUAUUAAUAAUAUUGCACAUAUGAUUAUGUUGUAGUA